AUGGCUAAAAUCUACAACGACACCCGCGUCGAUCUCCGGCCAUACUCGCCGAGCGCCGUCGUCAACAUCCCGAUUGCAACGCAAGCGACCUCGCAGAGCCGCCCUCGUUUCUCCAUAACCGCCCUGACAGGCCGCGAUGACUUUGUCGCAAAAGACGAAGAUGAGUUUUCUCGGCGCUAUCUAGCAACCCAAGGAUCGAUCUAUUUCCGCAAACGCAGCGUCUUUCCCCGAGCGUUCCUAUGGAGGGUGGUCAAUGACAACAGGGUGCUGGAGAUCCAGUGUGUGGAUCUGACAAAGGGAGGGAUUGAACACAAUGAAUACAAUCUCACGCUGCGCUUGGAUUUCCAGGAAGAAAUUCUGCCGUCGGGGGUGGAUUUCGCAGACUUGGAGGACCACGAAUUGCUGAGCGUGUUCGUGAUUACUGCCUCGAAGCAACUGUACACCUUGUCCCUGCGCCCGGAGUUCUUUCGCAGAGCAGCGUCGAUCGCUGAGAAUGUAUCCGAUUGGUGCAAGUCUUGUAUUCCCGCGCCGUUGUCGUUUUCGCACCCUCACCGGCUGCAUGCUAGCAGCCCCCUGGAGCUGUUUGUCUCCCUCGACAACGGGGCGCUUUUGCGCUUGACUAGGAGGUCUGGUGACGAUGGGUCGCACUGGAAUCCUCUUACCUUUGACGAGCGAAGCUGGGGCGCAUCGAUUCGUGGGCUGGUUAGGUGGCACACGCAACCUUCGAUCAAAUACGACGGGCGCAACCUCGACACAAAUGUCCCAAACGCGAUCGCGACCACAUCCGAUCAGACCUAUGUCUUCGCCGUCUGCUUGAACCACACCCUAAAGAUAUGGAACCUCGCCACAAACAAGUUGGCUGCCACGAAGGACCUAUUGGAUCGCGAAGUACAACAUCCCGACGCAGCUUCUUACAGUCUGAACCCUUCUGAAUCUUCCUUUAUACGUGUGUUUAAUGUGGAGAGGGCAUUGGACGGGGCCUACCGAUACUACGUCGUCACAUACUCGCCCUUUGAGGAAGGGCGCUUUAAGUUCUGGGCUGUCAAAGGCGGUUUGACCUCGCCGCUUGUCAUCGAAGAUCUCUACCCAGGUUCUGCAUUGAGACCUCUGGACCCCGACCCGUCAGGAAACAUGUUCUGGAGCAUCGCGGAUUUCCAGGUUAAACCAGCCCAGGAAGGAAAAGGCAUGGAACUCUGGGUCCUGUGGAGAAAUAGCAACGUUUAUCAGCUCUUCACGUUACACUUCAACCUUGAGACCCUGACAGCCGACUGGGACACCAAUUGGGUAUCAACGGCGAUGGACUCUCGCUCUCGGGAGCCUGCUCCUGUGGUGGCAUUUUCCGACGUUGUGGAUCCUACAGACAAGUGGUUGAAGUUCCUGUUGCAACCAGAUCGAUUUUCCUCAGAAGUACUCGAGACUGCUCUGGCCAUAUACCAGGAAGCUGUCAAACCGCUGUCAUCUUCGAGCCCGCAAAAGAAGAGCGGCUCUCUGCCAGAACGCCUUUGUUCAACAGUUACGACCAGCGUUGCGCUCCGGAAAUUAGCCGAUGACGAGAUGGACUUCACGCGGUACCAAACAGACACGGAUGCCAAGUGGCGUCAGUUCUGUCAGAUUGCGGACGACAUCAAUAAACGAAGGUUCGAGCCAGUCUCAAUCGCAUACGACUCAUACUACGAGCUUCCCUGGUUGCUCCUUUCGGACAGUUGCGCGGUGAUUCGAGAAUGCAGCUCAACAGAACUACUGCUGCAUAACUCGGGCUCUGAGUUGAGGGAGGAAGGCCCCAAGAUCGUGGACCGGUGGAGGCAUAGGAACUUGGGCUCGGAGAUUGGCGACUUGUUUGAGUCUGCAUCCCAUUUGAUAAAGGUUGCGUCUGGAUUCCGGAAAAGGUUUCCCGCAGAUCUGGAGGUAGGAUGCCGAAGAGCUCUUGAAGCCGAGAUCUUCACCGAACCAUCGACAUCUGUCCCUGAUAGAAUGGAUGCUUUCCGCGAGCGAUGCGACUUCGGGGAUCAAAUUUCCGAUAAGACAUAUACAGGGCUUAUUGCCGCGAUGAACGAGCAUCUGAACAUCUACGAACUUCCCAACGAUGUUUUCUUCACGAUCGUCGAUUCGAUUCCUCUUGGGUUCCCGGGCAAAGAUUCCGACCUUUUGUCUACCCAUUUUGGCGUCAAGGUCACGGUGAAUGGUGCUCAAGAGACGAUCUUGUUUACCCGCAAGCUUCUGACCGACCUUCUACUCCUUGUCGUCUUCGUGGAUAGUGAGGUGGAGCAGCAGGAUACUUCUACCUUUGAUGCAGCGGAAUUAUUCGCCUCGCUAGUGUCGCUGCUGAGAGAGUAUGAGAUGAUGCAUUGGCUCUGCUCGAAUUCUCGGUUGUCGCAUGAUAACUCCACCGGUCUCGCUGAAGAAAAUUCCACGCCUAACCUCUCUGUGAAAGACUCAUCCUCGAAGUCGAGACACACGCGGAUGGUGACUAUUUUCGAGGACCUGUUUGCUGUAGACAUCAAGCCUCGUCAGAACGUCGGACUGCCCCAGAGUUAUACACUGACUCUAGGUAUUCGGGAUGUUUUGUCAUGGGUGACGCGUCAGGGCGAAGUGGCUUAUCCGAACGCAUUGGCCUACAUACAAUGUGACCUCAUCGCGAAGAAUAAUAUAGAUCUCGCCUGGGAUUUCCUUCGCUUCCAAGCAAGCACGUCUUGGGCGACCUAUGUGAAGGGCCGUCUUUACGUCGCUAUGUCAGAGUUCGACACCGCAGCUCUGUAUUUCCGCAAGGCUGCAUAUCUCCUAUCAUGCGGGAAACCCCUUGGAAAUCUACACGAGAUGUCAUCAACGCUUCUUGAUAUCGUCUCGGUGGAUUGCUUCCAUAACGGACUUCCAAAAUACUUCCAACACGUUUUGUCUAUAUUUGAGCAAGCGCGUUCGUUUUCACACGUCGCCGACUUUGCCUCUCUUGCACUGCAGGCUCUUGCUAGCGAGAAACGGAACGAGAAAAACCCGGAGUACACCACUUUGCGAACGGAUGUUCUCUCACGCCUGUUCUACGCUUCUAUCCACAGCUGCCACUUCGACCAGGCGUACUCUGCGCUCUCUCGAUACCAAGAUCUGGCGCUGCAGAAGUCGGCGCUCAGCUCCCUCAUCACAGCCAUACUCGCCACGUCAGGACCAGGAACCGCGGGACUCGAGCAAAUCCUCCACUUCCCCACGUUCCUCGUCCCCAACGUUGCUGCCUACGUAGACGAGAUCCUCGUAUCUCUCGCCCACAAACAGGAUUCCCACAGCUCGUUCCUUGAGAUCGGGAAUAAGUGGUCUGACAGCACCCCAGACUAUCUACGCAUCCUGCAAGCAUACCGCAUCGCACGGAACGACUACCGCGGGGCGGCCGAAAUCGCCUACCAGAACGUGCAGCGUCUCCGAAGCGCCCGAGAUACCUCCUCAACGCAACUAGUGCUCGCCAAAAGCAGAGAAGCAGACAACUUCAGACCCACAGACGAGGAAGACCCCGAGAGCAAAGAAAUCAGACACGAACUCCUCUCCCUGAUCAACCUGCUCUGCUGCGUCGACAAAAGCGAAGCCUACAUCCUCGUCGAAAAAGAAGACCCCUCACUGCCUGCAACCCGCCCCCGCAGCGCCCAACACGACGACGACGGGAACGUCUUCAUGGACGACGCCGCCGGUAGUACCUCGUCUCCAACGCCCUCCACCCGACACGACAGCAAACUCACAUCCACACCGAGCAGCAGCAGCAAGGGCCCCAGACGACGAGUGAUCGUGACCCUGGACCACCUCCGUCGCGAAUUCCAGUCCGAGCUAGACCGCACCAGCAGAAUCGAGCGGGGUGACUGGGAAUUCGGGAUCUUGGACCCUGAUGAAGCGGAUAAUGACGAUACGAUGGUAUUCUAG